GCUCUUUAGCGCAACCUCAAGCCGAGUCCUGCAAGCUUGCAAAAAAAAAGCGAAAAAAGAAUCGCUUUGAUAAAUAACUUAGUAAUUUUUCUCUACUAUGUUUGUGUUUUAAAAAAUGAGUUUUUCAAGUGAUGAAGUUAAUUUCUUGGUGUACCGAUAUUUGCAAGAAUCCGGUUUUCAGCAUUCUGCUUACACCUUUGGCAUAGAGUCGCAUAUUUCACAAUCCAACAUCAAUGGAGCUUUGGUACCGCCAGCAGCCCUUCUCUCCAUCAUCCAGAAGGGUUUACAAUACACAGAAGCUGAGAUCAGUGUUGGAGAUGAUGGUUCUGAACGACCCAUGGAAAGCUUAUCACUCAUUGAUGCUGUGAUGCCUGAUGUUGUUGCAAGUCGUCAACAGCAAAUGCAGAACAAUCAGAAACCACAAGUGGUAAAGACAGAACCACCAAAUUCCAAUGGAGAUGAACCCAUGCAUUCCUAUCCCAACCCCAAUGAAGGCCGGGAAGAGGAAACAGGAGUAGAGAUACCUGCCAGCAAAUCAACUGUACUUCGUGGCCAUGAAUCUGAAGUUUUCAUCUGCGCUUGGAACCCGACAACUGAUUUAUUGGCUUCCGGCUCUGGCGAUAGUACUGCCAGGAUUUGGAACAUGAAUGACAACUCGUCUUCACCAACUCAACUUGUUCUUAGGCAUUGCAUUCAGAAGGGUGGAACUGAAGUUCCGAGCAACAAAGAUGUCACCUCACUUGACUGGAAUUGUGAUGGAACUCUUCUUGCAACUGGCUCUUACGAUGGUUAUGCUCGCAUUUGGACAACUGAUGGAAGAUUAGCUAGCACUCUGGGACAGCAUAAAGGACCUAUUUUCGCACUAAAAUGGAACAAAAAGGGCAACUAUAUCCUCAGUGCUGGAGUCGACAAAACGACCAUCAUUUGGGACGCUUCAACGGGCCAGUGCACGCAGCAGUUUGCUUUCCAUUCCGCCCCAGCACUCGACGUAGAUUGGCAGUCGAAUGUCAGUUUUGCCUCAUGCUCCACUGACCAGUGUAUUCAUGUUUGUAAGUUGGGCAGUGACAAGCCAACCAAAUCCUUCCAAGGACAUACGAAUGAAGUAAACGCUAUUAAGUGGGAUCCUCAGGGUAAUCUUUUGGCUUCCUGUUCUGACGAUAUGACGCUCAAGAUAUGGUCCAUGAAACAAGACACUUGUGUUCAUGAUUUGCAAGCACACAACAAGGAAAUCUACACCAUAAAAUGGAGUCCUACCGGCCCUGGAACAAAUAACCCAAACAUGAAUCUGAUUUUGGCUAGCGCUUCGUUUGACUCGACCGUUCGAUUGUGGGACGUCGAGCGUGGGUUGUGUAUUCAUACCUUAACCAAGCACACCGAACCAGUGUACAGUGUCGCAUUUUCUCCCGAUGGCAAAUACCUAGCAUCUGGUAGCUUUGACAAAUGUGUACACAUCUGGUCUACUCAGGUACAUAAUAGUUUCAAAGUUGAAAACCUAAACAAACUACAUCUUUAUUCUAUUUUUCUUAGUCGGGGCAAUUGUUACACAGUUACAAAGGAACUGGAGGCAUUUUUGAAGUUUGCUGGAAUUCUCGGGGCGAUAAAGUUGGAGCAAGUGCUUCUGACGGAAGUGUAUUUGUUUUGGACUUGCGAAAAUAAAUAAUUCAACGCUUCAACAUUUUCUGCAAUUCCAGUUGUUUCAUGAUUCUUAUUAUCUUUAAGGUUCAUUACAUCAUUUGUAUCAUUUAAGGAAAAACAAAAUAAAAAAUUUCAAUUU